AUGGCGUCUCAAGCCAGCCUUCUCCUUCAAAAACAGCUCAAAGAUCUUUGCAAACACCCUGUCGAUGGCUUUUCUGCUGGGUUGGUUGAUGAAAGCAAUAUUUUUGAAUGGAGUGUCACCAUAAUUGGACCCCCUGAUACUCUCUACGAGGGAGGGUUUUUCAAUGCUAUAAUGAGCUUUCCUUCCAACUACCCAAAUAGUCCACCAUCAGUGAAAUUCACCUCAGAGAUAUGGCACCCUAAUGUAUAUCCUGAUGGUCGGGUUUGCAUAUCAAUCCUCCAUCCUCCAGGUGAUGAUCCUAAUGGUUACGAGCUUGCAAGUGAGCGCUGGACACCUGUUCAUACGGUAGAGAGUAUAGUAUUGAGUAUCAUCUCAAUGCUUUCCGGUCCUAAUGACGAAUCUCCUGCAAAUGUUGAAGCUGCAAAGGAGUGGAGAGAUAGCAGAGAUGAAUUCAGGAAGAAGGUUGGCCGAUGUGUAAGGAAGUCACAAGAAAUGGUGUGA